AUGGCUUUUCAGGCCACAGACAGUGACCUCGACCUGAGAAGUACUGAAGAACAGGUAGAAACUGCUAUGCAUACAAGACUGAGUAGUUUAAGAACAAAGGGAAGGCUAAGUAUCAUAGCCCCCAUAGAAAAGGCAUCCGAUAUGCAGGUCCUGACAUUUAGACAUGUUACAAAAGCUCAGGAGAAGACAAGAAAACGACAGCAGCGGAUAAAACUGGAACCCCUGCCAGUGCUAAAAGUCUACCAAGAUCAUAAGCAGCCAGAAUAUAUACAUGAGCAGAACCGAUUUCGGUUAAUUGCUUCUGGAAUCCUAAAACCUCCAUCAAUCACUGGAGAAAGAAGUUCUGUUGAAUCUGAAUCAUUUGCUCAGUUUCUUGAGUAUCAAGAUGCUGUGAAGAAAAAGCAGCAACCCUCUGUUGAAAUGUUUUCUCCCUCUCCGCCUAAACUGCCACGUACCAGUCUUGGAAAAAGAGGUCUCCACCAGACUAGCUCUUCAGUUUACCCUGAGUAUGUUUUCCAUGACUGGGAGGAGGUCAUAAAAGCUGACAUCCGUGAUCCCUUGCAAAUUAUUAAAAUAGUGCGUGAAAAUGAAAAUCUUGGAUUUCUUUAUAUGAUCCCUGCUGUGGCAAGGUCUUCCAUUGAAUACGACACCUAUAACCUCAAAAUUGUAAGUUAUGAGAACCUCAACAAAAAUGACUACUAUACUAUUAGCCAAAAGGCAGUAACACACAUUUAUAAUGAAGACAUUGAAUAUAUCGAACUUAAUCGAUGGGAACAAGAAUAUCUGUAUCACAGAGAACUCACGAAGAUUCCCAUAUUUUCACUUUUCCGGAAAUGGAAAGCUUUUAAUGUAUGGAAGAAAAAUGUCCGCUCCAAGAAAAUUACUGGAUGUCGAAAUUCUCUACAAAAAAAUUUGUUCAUUGUUAAUCCUUAUUUGCGACCAGCUCUUCUUAAAAUAAAUGAAUUGUGUUAUCAGUUGAGUUACAUGGGACUUUGUCAUAUUGAAAAAGGACAUACGUACACCCUGCAGGAAUUUAAGGCUGUACAAGUCAUACAGCUACAGGAGGUAACAGACCACCUAGAUGAAUUUCGAAGUGAGGCAAAAGAUGUGGUCAGGAAGGCUUGUCGAAUUGCUCUGCGUGCUGUAGGAUUUAUUCCUGAUGACUGUUCAUAUGAACCUAAUACAGAUUAUUUUAGACUAACAAGAAGUUCGGUUUUCAUUGAUACGCCAUUUGACUUCCCCACUUAUGGAGACUCUGAGAAAAUGACAUAUACAGAACAGGCCAGCAAAAGGCAUCAUUGCAUGAGGCUAACAUGCUUUAUUCGUCUAAAUGACUAUCUAAUUGAGAACACAAUGCAUGUCCUAACGGUAAAUUCUGUUAACUCUCUUUUGAAUUAUCUCACUGACAAAUUAAAACGAACACCAUCAGUAGAUGUCAUUCAGCAAUGGGUUACUGAAGAGAAGCCUGAAGUCACUGACAAAAAGGCACCCCCUUUGUUGGAGAAGCAAGAAGAAGAUGAAUCUCUCAUUCCCAUGUUCCUCACAGAACUGAUUUUGACAGUCCAGUCACUGCUUUUUGAGCCUUCUUUGCAAGACUUUCUGGAUGUGAUUUCAGGUACAAUUAAUCAGUUUCAAAACACUGUGUUAUCAGUUUCUAAUCUCGUGCCUGAUCCAUAUUUUGAUGCUUUCACCAGUCCUUACAUUAACAACAAACUUGAAGAAAAAACCUGUGGUUUUGGACCAAGUUUAUCAGCAGUAUUUGAUGAUGAUAAGAAUUUUCAUACAAUUAUUUAUCAAAUAAAGGAAGCCAUUCAGGCAGCAUUUGAAUCUGCCCAAUUAUAUGCAGCUACUUUUGAAAAGUUCCAGAUAUUCUUUAAAGAAAAUGAAAGUCUUGAUUUGCAAGCUCUUAAACUUGCAGAACCUGAUGUUAAAUUCUUUAGUGAACAACUGGAAAAAUAUCACAGACAGCACAAGGAUUCAGUAGCUCUAAAGCCCACCAGAAAUGUAGGAUUGCUGCUCAUUGACACUAAGCUACUAAAAGAAAAACUCAUUCCAUCACCUUUGCGAUGCUUGGAGGUGCUAAAUUUUAUGCUUCCUCGUCAAAGCAAGAAGAAAGUAGAUGCCAUUAUCUCUGAAGCACAAGACGCAGAGUAUAAACUUGAAUUCAUCCCAACUACUACCAUAGAAUACGUUAAUAGCUUAGUGUUUCUUGAUGAAAUUCAGGAAAGGAUUGAAAGCCUUGAAGAUGAAGCUAAUACAGUGAUUCAAAUGUACAAACUUAUUGAGCAAUAUCAGGUCCCCACACCUCCUGAAGACUUUGCUGUUUUUGCAACUCUGAAACCAUCCAUUAUUGCUGUUCGCAACGCCAUUGAUAAAUCGGUGGGUGAUAGAGAUACAAGCAUCAAGCAAUUUUGUCUGCAUUUGGGUAGAGAUCUUGAAGAGCUAAACAAUGAAGUAAAUGAAAUAAAGAUGCAAGCACAGGAUCCACAGAUUCUGGAUAUUGGUGCUGACCAAUCCAAGAUAAAGGUCAUGUUGAACGAUCUGCAAUUAGUUUUAGAUGAUCUUCAGAAACGUGCAUUUCAAUACAAAUCUUAUCAGAAGAACUUUAAGUCCAAAUUUGACUGCCUGGAUCCAGAAAUGCUAAAUGCCCAGGUUACUAAAUAUGCCAAAUUUGUGGCUCAGUUGGAAAAAGGCUUGCCACCCAACAAUGUAGUGCCCCAGCUCAAAAAUAAGGUGGAAAAAAUGAAAGAAAAGCUUCCAGUUAUCAUUGACUUGAGGAACCCAACUUUGAAGGCUAGACAUUGGGCAGCUAUUGAACAAACAGUUGAUGCCACCCUAGUGGACCUUGAAAUGCCACUAACCUUAGAGAAGCUCUCAGAGUUGCAUGUUUUUGACUUUGGCCAAGAAAUUCAGGACAUUUCUGGACAGGCUUCUGGAGAAGCUUCCUUAGAAAUAAUUCUUAAGAAGGUGGAGGAUUCUUGGAAAACAACUGAAUUUGUCAUUCUGCCUCACCGUGACUCCAAAGACGUAUUUAUCCUCGGUGGCACAGAUGACAUACAGGUGCUUCUUGAUGACAGCACCAUCAACAUUGCAACCAUUGCCUCAUCACGUUACAUUGGUCCACUUAAAUCACGAGUGGAUGAGUGGCAGAAACAGCUUGCUUUAUUUAAUCAAACACUGGAAGAAUGGCUAAACUGUCAGAGAAACUGGCUCUACCUAGAAAGCAUUUUUAAUGCUCCAGAUAUUCAGAGGCAGCUGCCUGCAGAAGCCAAGAUGUUCCUUCAGGUGGAUAAGUCAUGGAAAGAAAUCAUGAGGAAGGUGAACCGGCUGCCUAAUGCUCUUCGAGCGGCUACUCAACCAGUCAGCACAAAGACUAAAAGAAACCUUGGACAAUUUUACUUCUUGUCAAAUGAUGAACUUCUGGAAAUUUUGGCACAGACACGAAAUCCCCAAGCAGUGCAGCCACACUUAAGAAAAUGCUUUGACUCCAUUUCAAAGCUCGAAUUUGCUCUUAUGCUUCCCGUGGAAGGAAAAAUUCCUGGCAUUGAAGGAGAACCGGAAAAGGUUUAUACUAAUGAUAUUUUAGCAAUGCUAUCACCAGAGGGAGAAAGGGUUGGUUUGGGAAAAGGCCUCAAGGCCAGAGGCAAUGUGGAAGAUUGGCUUGGUAAAGUGGAAGAAGCCAUGUUUUCAUCUUUGCGUCGCCUGUGCAAAGCUGCCAUUGCUGACUACCAGGGAAAACUGAGGACAGACUGGGUGAUUGCUGGCCACCCUUCUCAAGUGAUCCUGACCAUUUCUCAAAUCAUGUGGUGUCGUGAUUUGACUGAGUGUUUAGAAACAGAUGAUGGUAAUCGUCAAGAAGGCCUGGAAGCUUUUGAAAAAGUAAACUUUGAGAGAUUAAAUGCUCUGGCUGCAUUAGUUCGAGGUAGUCUUCCUAAAUUACACAGAAACAUCAUAACUGCCUUAAUUACUAUUGACGUACAUGCAAGAGACAUUGUCACUGAACUUGUUGAAGCCAAGAUAGACGGAGUUGAAUCCUUUGACUGGCAGAGACAACUGCGCUAUUACUGGGAUGUAGACCUGGAUAAUUGUGUGGCUCAAAUGGCACUUUCACAGUAUACAUAUGGUUAUGAAUAUUUAGGUGCAUGCCCAAGAUUAGUUAUUACUCCUCUUACGGAUCGCUGCUACCUUUGCCUCAUGGGAGCUUUGCAACUCGACCUGGGGGGUGCCCCAGCUGGUCCUGCUGGCACUGGGAAAACUGAGACUACUAAGGACCUAGCAAAAGCUCUCGCCAUCCAGUGUGUGGUCUUCAACUGUUCUGAUGGUUUAGACUACAAGAUGAUGGGGCGUUUCUUCAGUGGUUUGGCACAAUCAGGGGCCUGGUGCUGCUUUGAUGAAUUUAAUCGAAUUGACAUAGAAGUGUUGUCAGUCAUUGCACAGCAACUCAUUACCAUUAGGAAUGCCAAAGCUGCAAAGCUUUCUAGAUUCAUGUUUGAGGGACGGGAAAUAAAGCUGAUUAUGACUUGUGCAGCCUUCAUCACAAUGAAUCCUGGAUAUGCAGGAAGAACUGAACUGCCAGAUAAUCUCAAAGCUUUGUUCAGACCAUUUGCAAUGAUGGUUCCGAAUUAUGCUUUGAUUGCAGAGGUAAUUCUGUAUUCUGAAGGAUUUGAGUCCAGUAAAAUACUGGCAAGAAAGAUGACUCAGAUGUAUAAACUUUGCAGUGAGCAGCUCUCUCAGCAGGAUCACUAUGACUUUGGCAUGAGAGCUGUGAAGUCUGUAUUGGUCAUGGCUGGGUCUUUAAAAAGAGAGAACCCAAACCUAAGUGAAGAUGUAGUAUUGAUAAGAGCUUUACGAGAUUCCAACUUGCCAAAAUUCCUUACAGAUGAUGCUGUUCUGUUCAGUGGAAUCAUAUCAGACCUUUUUCCUGGAGUCCAAAUUCCGGAGCAUGAUUAUGGUAUUUUGCAGUCAACAAUCAUAGAUGUCAUGACUAGACAAAAUCUUCAACCUGAGAUAUGUAUGGUUAAAAAAGUGAUACAGUUCUAUGAAACAAUGUUAGUAAGACAUGGCGUUAUGCUAGUCGGACCAACAGGAGGUGGUAAGACCACAGUUUACCAAAUACUAGCAGAAACCUUAGGGAAUUUGCAAAAACUUGGUAUAGACAAUCCCUUUUACCAACCAGUUAAAACGUAUGUUCUUAAUCCUAAAUCAAUUACAAUGGGUGAAUUAUAUGGGGAAGUUAAUUCCGUAACCUUGGAAUGGAAAGAUGGUUUGAUGGCACUAAGUGUCCGAGCAGCUGUGAAUGAUACUUCAGAAGACCAUAAAUGGAUCAUCAGUGAUGGACCAGUUGAUGCUCUUUGGAUUGAAAAUAUGAAUACAGUGUUGGAUGAUAACAAGAUGCUUUGCCUUGCUAACAGUGAGAGAAUUAAACUCACACCUCAAAUCCACAUGCUUUUUGAGGUGCAAGAUCUUAAGGUUGCUUCCCCUGCAACAGUCAGUCGAUGUGGAAUGGUGUUUGUUGAUCCUGAAGAACUGAAAUGGAUGCCAUAUGUUCAAACUUGGAUGAAGAGUAUUUCUAAAAGACUGAAUGAAGAAACCCAGGAAUAUAUAUUAAACCUUUUCCAACGUUAUGUUGACGAUGGUUUAAAUUUUAUUAAUAAAAAGUGCAGCCAAGCAAUUCCACAAGUGAACAUCAGCAAAGUUACUACACUCUGUUGCUUAUUGGAGUCUUUGAUACUUGGAAAAGAUGGUCUUAACUUAACAAUGGAACAAACAAAACUGAACACUGUCAUAUGUCAAACUUUUGUAUUCUGUUAUUUAUGGUCUCUGGGUGGAAAUUUAACUGAAAAUUACUGGGAUUCUUUUGAUACAUUUAUUAGGACACAAUUUGAUGACAAUCCUGAUGCCAGGCUUCCCAGUUCUGGUGAUCUGUGGAGCAUUCACAUGGACUUUGAAAUCAAACGGCUGGAUCCCUGGGAACGAAUCAUACCAUCCUUCAAGUACAGCCGAGAUGUUCCAUUUUUUGAAAUGCUUGUCCCCACAACUGAUACAGUGCGCUUUGGGUAUCUAAUGGAAAAACUACUAGCGGUCAAGCAUUCAGUGCUGUUUACUGGAAUAACUGGAGUCGGCAAGUCUGUUAUUGCAAAAGGAUUGCUAAAUAAAAUUCAAGAAUCAUCUGGCUAUGUUCCUGUUUAUCUAAAUUUUUCUGCUCAAACUUCAUCUGCAAGGACACAAGAGAUCAUUGAGUCAAAACUGGAACGGAAAAGAAAAAAUAUUCUAGGAGCACCAGGAAACAAACGAGUUGUGAUUUUUGUUGAUGAUUUAAAUAUGCCCAGACUGGAUCGCUAUGGCUCUCAGCCUCCCAUUGAAUUGCUUCGACAGUACCAAGAUUUUGGUGGAUUUUAUGACAGAAACAAACUCUUUUGGAAAGAAAUACAGGAUGUAACGAUUGUAUCAGCAUGUGCUCCUCCAGGUGGUGGCCGCAACCCUGUGACCCCUCGCUUCAUGAGACACUUCAGCAUGUUGUGCCUCCCAAUGCCCUCUGAGCACAGUCUGAAACAGAUUUUUCAGGCUAUUUUAAAUGGUUUCCUGAAUGAAUUCACACCAGCUGUAAGGCAAACUGCAUCAAACAUUGUCGAAGCUGCAGUUGAGAUUUAUAACAGAAUGAGUGUUGACCUUCUCCCAACACCAACCAAGUCCCAUUAUGUCUUUAAUUUGAGGGAUUUAUCUAAAUGUGUGCAAGGUAUCCUCCAGUGUGAUCCAGGAACAGUAAGAGAAGAAAUACAGAUAUUUAGACUCUUUUGCCAUGAAUGUCAAAGAGUCUUCCAUGAUCGUUUGAUUAAUAAUGAAGAUAAGCACUAUUUCCAUGUUAUUUUGACAGAAAUGGCCAACAAACAUUUUGGAAUUGCAAUUGACCUGGAAUAUUUUUUGAAUAGGCCCAUUAUAUUUGGAGAUUUUAUUAAGUUUGGAGCAGACAGGGGUGAUCGAAUUUAUGAUGAUAUGCCUGAUAUGGAGAAAAUUGCAAAUGUUCUACAGGACUAUCUUGAUGACUAUAACCUCACAAAUCCCAAAGAAGUAAAGUUGGUGUUCUUUCAGGAUGCUAUAGAACAUGUUUCAAGGAUUGCCCGGAUGAUUCGUCAGGAAAGAGGAAAUGCCCUACUUGUUGGAGUAGGAGGCACAGGAAAGCAAUCUCUUACAAGACUUGCAGCUCAUAUAUGUGGUUACAAAUGUUUGCAGAUUGAGCUGAGCCGGGGUUAUAACUAUGACAGUUUCCAUGAAGACCUCAGGAAAUUGUUCAAAAUGGCUGGUGUAGAUGACAAGAAUAUGGUUUUCCUUUUCACAGACACUCAGAUUGUGGUGGAGGAGUUCCUAGAAGAUAUCAAUAACAUCCUGAACUCGGGUGAAGUGCCUAAUUUAUUUGAAAAGGAUGAACUGGAGCAGGUUUUAGCUGCCACUAGACCAAAAGCAAAAGAAGUAGGAAUUUCUGAAGGGAACAGAGAUGAGGUGUUUCAGUACUUUAUCAGCAGAGUCCGUCAGAAGCUGCACAUUGUUCUCUGCAUGAGCCCUGUUGGGGAAGCCUUUCGAUCCCGAUGUCGGAUGUUUCCCUCCCUUGUGAACUGCUGCACCAUUGACUGGUUUGUCCAGUGGCCCAAAGAAGCACUUCUUUCUGUAUCAAAGACAUUUUUCUCAACUGUUGACCCUGGAAAUGCAGACCUGAGAGAAAAGCUUUCCCUCAUGUGCGUGAACGUUCACCUGAGUGUCUCCCAGAUGGCAGAGCGCUUUUACACAGAGCUCCGGAGGCGCUACUACACAACACCUACCUCCUACUUGGAACUGAUCAAUCUCUACCUGUCUAUGCUGAGUGAAAAGAAGAAACAGUUAGUUUUAGCACUAGAUCGGGUGAAGAAUGGUCUAACCAAGCUAUUAGAAACGAACGUACUGGUAGACAAAAUGAAAUUAGACCUUUCAGCUUUAGAACCUGUCCUUUUAACAAAAUCACAAGAUGUUGAAGCCCUGAUGGAUAAAUUGGCAGUGGAUCAAGAAAGUGCCGAUCAGGUCCGUCAAACUGUGCAAGAAGAAGAAGCGAUGGCAAAAGUGAAAGCUGAAGAAACCCAAGCCAUAGCUGAUGAUGCUCAAAGAGACCUUGAAGAAGCUCUACCUGCCCUUGAGGCUGCCAAUAAAGCACUGGACUCCUUAGAUAAAGCAGAUAUAUCUGAAAUCAGAGUUUUCACAAAGCCUCCAGAUUUGGUCAUGACAGUAAUGGAAGCAAUUUCCAUUCUCUUGAAUGCAAAGCCUGAUUGGCCAACCGCAAAGCAACUUCUUGGUGACUCUAACUUUCUAAGAAGACUUUUAGAAUAUGACAAGGAAAACAUAAAGCCUCAGAUAUUGACAAAGCUUCAAAAAUAUAUUAAUAAUCCUGAUUUUGUGCCUGAAAAAGUAGAGAAAGUGUCCAAAGCAUGUAAAUCCAUGUGUAUGUGGGUACGAGCAAUGGAUUUGUAUUCUCGAGUAGUCAAAGAAGUCGAACCAAAGAGACAAAAGCUUCGUGCUGCACAGGCUGAACUUGAUAUUACUAUGGCUACCCUGAAAGAAAAACAAGCAUUACUAAAACAAGUGGAAGAUCAAAUACAGGACUUACAAGAUGAAUAUGACAAAAGUGUGAAUGAAAAGGAAAGUCUGGCGAAGAACAUGUCCCUGACAAAAGCACGCCUCCUACGUGCUGGAAAGCUUACAGCGGCACUAGGAGAUGAGCAAGUUCGAUGGGAAGAAAGCAUCCAGAAAUUUGAGGAAGAGUUAUCCAAUAUCGUUGGGAAUGUAUUCAUAGCCGCGGCUUGUGUGGCCUAUUAUGGGGCAUUCACGGCCCAAUAUAGGCAACUGCUUAUAGAGUGUUGGAUCAAUGAUUGUCUGUCUCUGAACAUCCCAAUUGAUACUUCCUUCAGUCUCAUUAACAUCCUUGGAGAUCCCUAUGAAAUACGGCAGUGGAACACUGAUGGGCUGCCUCGUGACACAGUAUCAACAGAAAAUGGUAUUUUAGUAACUCAAGGACGACGGUGGCCUUUGAUGAUUGAUCCCCAAGAUCAAGCAAACCGCUGGAUAAGAAACAAGGAAAGCAAAAGUGGUUUAAAGAUCAUUAAACUUACAGACAGUCAUUUCCUACGUACACUUGAGAAUUCAAUCCGACUUGGUUUACCUGUCUUAUUAGAAGAGCUUAAAGAAACCUUGGAUCCAGCUCUAGAACCCAUUCUUUUGAAACAGACUUUCUUUAGUGGUGGACGACUUCUCAUUCGCCUUGGAGACUCAGACAUUGAUUAUGACAAAAACUUUAGGUUUUAUAUGACAACCAAAAUGCCAAAUCCCCACUAUCUGCCUGAGGUGUGCAUUAAAGUUACUGUCAUCAACUUCACUGUGACCAAAUCAGGUCUGGAGGAUCAGUUGUUAAGUGAUGUUGUGCGACUUGAAAAACCUGAGUUGGAAGAACAAAGAAUCAAGCUCAUUGUGAGGAUCAACACUGACAAGAACCAGCUGAAAUCUAUCGAGGAGAAAAUCCUAAGAAUGCUUUUUACAUCUGAAGGAAAUAUUCUAGACAAUGAAGAACUUAUUGACACGCUCCAGGAUUCAAAGAUCACUUCUGGUGCCAUUAAAACCAGGCUGAAAGAAGCAGAGUCCACUGAACAGAUGAUCAACAUUGCUCGUGAGAAGUACCGCCCAGUAGCCACUCAAGGCUCUGUCAUGUACUUUGUCAUUGCAAGCCUCUCAGAGAUAGAUCCCAUGUAUCAGUAUUCACUAAAAUAUUUCAAACAGUUGUUCAAUACAACAAUUGAAACUUCUAAAAAGUCAAGCAAUUUAGAGAAGCGCCUGCAAAUACUCCUGGAACAAACUCUCCUGACUGCUUAUGUCAAUAUUUCAAGAGGACUUUUUGAACAACAUAAACUCAUCUACAGCUUUAUGCUCUGUGUUGAAAUUAUGCGUCAGCAAGGAAGCCUAACUGAUGCUGAAUGGAAUUUCUUUCUCCGAGGUUCUGCAGGAUUAGAAAAGGAACGCCCUCCUAAGCCUGAAGCUCCCUGGCUACUUCCUGUCACAUGGUUUGCAUGCUGUGACCUAGAAGAAUCAUUUCCAGUUUUCAAGGGAAUUACACAAUAUCUAUUGUUACAUCCAAUUUACAUACGAUUAGGAUCUUUUGAGACUUUCAUUAAUCCACUGGACUGGGAAGGCUAUUAUCAGACAAAAUCAGAAGAGCAGGUCACGAUCCAGGAAAAGGGGCCCAUGAAACGAGACGUUUGGAGUCCAGAAUUGAGUUCUUUCCAUAAGCUAAUUCUUGUUAAAUGCUGUAAAGAAGAAAAGGUGGUUUUUGCUCUCACAGACUUUGUGAUACAAAACCUUGGAAAACGGUUUAUAGAGACACCACCUGUGGACCUGGCUACUCUGUAUCAAGACAUGUCCUACAAUACUCCCCUCAUAUUCGUCUUAAGCACAGGCUCAGAUCCCAUGGGCGCAUUUCAGAGGUUUGCCCGAGAAAGCGGGUAUUCAGAACGGGUGCAGUCAAUCUCACUGGGGCAAGGACAAGGACCCAUUGCUGAGAGAAUGAUUAAGGAUGCGAUGAAAACAGGAAACUGGGUAUUUUUGCAAAACUGCCAUCUUGCCGUUUCUUGGAUGUUGGCAAUGGAGGAACUGAUUAAAACCUUCACAGAUCCAACUGUUGUUAUCAAGGACACUUUUCGACUUUUUUUAAGUUCCAUGCCUAGUAACACAUUUCCUGUUACAGUUCUUCAAAAUUCUGUCAAGGUAACUAAUGAGCCUCCAAAAGGUUUACGUGCAAAUAUCAGACGAGCAUUUACCGAAAUGACACCUUCAUUUUUUGAAGAAAAUAUACUUGGAAGGAAAUGGAGGCAAAUAAUAUUUGGCAUUUGCUUCUUUCAUGCAAUUAUUCAGGAAAGAAAAAAGUUUGGCGCUCUUGGUUGGAAUAUCUGCUAUGAAUUUAAUGACAGUGACAGGGAAUGUGCUUUGCUAAACCUCAACCUUUACUGUCAAGAAGGAAAGAUCCCCUGGGAUGCCUUGAUUUACAUCACUGGUGAAAUUACAUAUGGUGGUAGAGUUACAGACACCUGGGAUCAAAGAUGCCUUCGUACUGUCUUGAAAAAAUUUUUUUCUCCUGAGACAUUAGAAGCUGAUUAUAAAUAUUCUGAAUCAGGCAUCUAUUUUGCACCCUUGGCUGACACCCUACAAGAGUUUAAGGACUACAUUGAAAAUCUGCCUCUAAUAGAUGACCCAGAAGUGUUUGGAAUGCAUGAAAAUGCCAACUUAGCUUUCCAGUACAAAGAGACCAACACUUUAAUCAACACCAUACUUGAAGUUCAGCCAAGGUCAUCUGCAGGUGGAGAGGGAAAAAGCAAUGAUGAAAUUGUCCAAGAACUUGUUGCUUCUGUCCAGACCAGAGUUCCAGAAAUCUUGGAAAUGGAGGGUGCUUCAGAAAGUCUUUUCACCAAGGAUCCUCAAGGACGCCUUAAUUCCUUGACCACUGUUCUUGGACAGGAAGUGGACCGAUUUAACAAUCUGCUGAAGUUAAUCCACAGUUCUCUAGAAACACUCAACAAAGCCAUUGCUGGGCUUGUGGUGAUGUCUGAAGAAAUGGAAAAGGUUUAUAACAGUUUCCUCAACAACCAGGUCCCUUCUCUGUGGUCCAACACAGCCUACCCUUCCCUGAAGCCUCUGGGAUCAUGGGUGAAAGACCUUAUUCUGAGGACUGCAUUUGUGGACUUGUGGCUCAAAAGAGGACAGCCGAAGUCCUUCUGGAUCUCUGGUUUCUUCUUUCCUCAAGGAUUUCUAACAGGAAUUCUUCAGAACCAUGCCCGGAAAUACAAUUUGCCUAUAGACGAGCUGAGCUUCAAGUACAACAUGAUUUCUACCUAUCGGGAUCAAGCUACAGUGAUAGAAGCUGCCAAGACCGUGCAGUUUGGACAAGAACUGCCCAUGGAUGUAGAGUUGCCCUCCCCUGAAGAUGGAGUUCUUGUUCAUGGGAUGUUCAUGGAUGCUUCUCGGUGGGACGAUAAGGAGAUGGUGAUAGAAGAUGCACUGCCUGGACAGAUGAAUCCCAUGCUGCCCAUGGUGCAUUUUGAACCUCAACAGAAUUAUGAGCCAAGCCCAACACUUUACCAUUCCCCACUUUAUAAAACAGGGGCCCGGGCAGGAACACUCUCAACCACAGGUCAUUCUACCAACUUUGUGGUAACUGUCCUCUUACCCUCCAAGCGGUCCAAAGACUACUGGAUUGCCAAGGGAUCGGCUUUGCUCUGUCAGCUCAGUGAGUGAAAGGACGCCCUCUCAGUCCUGAGAAAGAACCAGGCCAGAGAGCUCACCUAAUGGGGAAAAGGUCUGCAUAACUUGUAUGUGAGCAAAACAAGUUGUUACUUACGAUUUGAUUUAAAGGGUGGUACAAUGGCUUUUAUUUCACAUAUAACCUACAAUAAAGUAUUUUUCUUUCUGUU